AUUUUCAAUUUGAUUUUUGUGUGACUAUUGUCAACAAACUUUUGUUUACAAAUAAAACAAUAACGCAUUCAUAUUUUUGUUUGUUUUGCGUAUAAGUUCUUGAGAAAUGGAGAAUCGGGGAAGUCCUAUCACGAUGUCUCCAGGUUCGCAACCGCAGUCGCCUAACAUGGAAAAAUAUUAUUUCAAAAACGAUUAUGAAGAUUACACCGAGAAUAACGCCCAAAAUCAUAUCAAAAAUAAAACCCAGGUAAGCAAUACGAGCAGAAUUAGCCUGAGAUUAGGUUUUAAGUGGGAUGAAACAUUAAAAGAACUAGAGAAUUGGACAACUGAUGAUUACUCUGUUUAUACUGGUACAGCUGGUGUGGCUAUGCUGUUAUUAAGACAAGCACCAAACGACAGGACUAAUUUAAAACAUAUCCGUAAAAAUUAUCUUCAGUUUGAAGCAUUGAAGGGGAAAAAAAUUUCAUUUCUUUGUGGAGAUGCUGGUCCCUUAUCAAUUGGUGCAGUUAUAUCACACAAACUUGAAGAUAAAAAAAUUUUUGAUUACUGCAUUAAAAAGUUGACUGUGUUCUUAAAGUUUGUCAAAAAUGUGGGUUCGGAUUUGCCUAAUGAGUAUUUGUAUGGACGCGCGGGUUUCCUCUAUGCCCUCUUGUAUGUUAAUAAACAUGUCUCCCCUAAACCCUUCAAUGAAACUGUCAUCAGAAGUGUUAUAACAGCAAUAUUGCUAAGUGGCGAAAAACUUGCAAAGCAUUUGAAAAUUGACGUCCCGUUAAUGUGGGAGUGGCACGGCCAAAAGUAUUUGGGGGCCGCCCAUGGCGCGUCUGGCAUACUUUAUCUUCUUCUGCAAGCCAAAGACUACUUAACUGAAGAUGAAUUACUGAAUCAAAUUAAACCAACCAUCGACUUCUUGGGAGCUUUUAGAUUUCCAACUGGGAAUUUCCCUUCAUCGCUUGGCCCCGGAAAGUCGGAUAAAUAUGUGCAAUGGUGCCAUGGAGCCCCAGGAUUUUUGUAUAUGUAUGGUGAAGCAUACAGGGUGUUUGGAGAACGAUCUUAUCUUCAAGCGGCUAUAAAAUGCGGCGAUGUUAUUUGGUGGAGAGGUUUAUUAAAAAAAGGGUACAGCCUAUGCCAUGGAGUUUCUGGAAACGCCUACUCUUUUUUGGAGUUAUUUCAAUUAACUGGGGAAGAGAAACAUUUUUAUCGGGCAAUAAAGUUUGCAGAGUACUGUCUGGAUUAUACCAAACAAAAAGAAGAGUGCACUCCAGAUCGGCCAAUGUCAUUAUUCGAAGGCAUUUCUGGACCAAUGUAUCUUCUGCUUGACAUCCAGGAUCCUAUGAAUGCAAAGUUCCCAGGAUUUAGUCUCUAAACACAAUUCACAUGUUGAAGAUAAAUUAAGACUGGGGAGCGCAAAUGUCGCAACAUAGGCUACAUUCUGUGAAGGUGUUUGUUUUUUGCCUUAGCUUUUUUAGCAUUUACACCAUAAUUGUCUUUUAUGUUACAUUCAAUGAUCUCACUAAACAUUUAAAAUUAGUAUCUAGUCAAUAUUUAAAAAUAUACAUUGUUAGAAAUAUUUUAAUAACAUAUGAUCUGGUGAAAAGAUUCUUGAGAAGGGCACUUGUUGGCCUUUGCUAUAAAUGACUUUAUAGCGUCAUUUAAGUAAGUGUUUUAUCUUAUUAGCGAGAAAUUGCAGUUGAUGCUUGGAGAGCAGUGAAAACUAUAAUUCUACAGGGGAUCGAAAGAUGAAUGAUAUUAACAAAUUUGUUAAUUGUUGUGCAGAAUGAAGUCCGGAACCACCUAGAAUGCUAAAAAAGUAUUUUGUAUUAAAUUUACUUUGUUUUAUUGCUCUAGCUUAAUGGACUAUUCAAAUUGAGGACAAAAAUUAUAAUAUAGAUUUAUGAAUGCUCUCAUGAAUACUUUGAGUGUUAUUUUAACCUUUUUUUUUUUCAAGCACAAGAUUUUGCUGUAAUCCGAAUGUUUAGUAGUUUAGAUCUAUUUUUAAAGGAUACUGUCGCCAAUCCAGAAUGAAAUGUAUCAUAUUCAUAUUCUGUUUCCAAUCUUUGAUAGUUUGUUAGUCUUUUAAUAAAAAGCGGGGUUACAAAAGAGGUUAAACGUUGGAGAUGAACCGAAAAUAUAAAAUAUUGAUGUGCCACGAACACAAAUGUGGCUGAAGAUUAUGUUCCUUGCACUCCAAGCACAUUUUUGGUAGAAUAAAAAUUAUUUUAAAUUAACUAGAACUGUAAUGAACAGGGUUCUAAUUUGAAAACUUACCACUCCCGAUUUUCACAUUAAAUGCAAUGUUAAGACAUAUCUUCGAAGAAAAAUUUUGCCGCUAUGCGAAGUUUUUGACAUGAAUGCUUCGGAAAAUAAAGGUGGAAAGUUUUGAAAUCAAUACCGUCGCUAGGUGUAUCAAUUAUUAUUGUGGAGAGAAUUAACCUCUGCCUUAAGAACGAUAAUAAUAUAGAAUUUCACAAGUGAAAACAUAGUUUUAAUGUCCUAACAAAUAAUACCAUAUAUUAAAAUAAUCAUUCUUUCUUUUAAUAGGUCAACUAAUACUCAUAACAUCUAUUAAAUUAUAAUCUUAUUUACAAAUUUCCUAGAUAAAAACACUACCAAAAUAGCAUCAAUUUACAAAAUAUGGCCCAUUGGAAUAACAAAACUAGUUUUAUUAUUCACAUUUUCAACGUUUUUGAGUUUCAAUUUAGCAAAAAAGAACAAACAAACAAACAAUGGUACUUUCUUGUUUCUAGCGUUAUUUGCGUUUGAGUGUUUAUAUAAUAAUAAAUAUGUUUUGGAGAUUCGGGAAAACGACAUAACAAAAUAAAACAAAAUUUUUCACUUGAUCUUAGGAGAUAAUUGUCUGCCUUUGGGCAGCCAUAAAUCAUAAACAUAAGCGGAAAUCUUAUUGACAAUUUAAAAGAUAUAAACAAAAACAACAAGAUAAAGAAAAUAUACUCCCCGAUUUUUUAUCUAAUUAUUUUUAACAUUUCUCUGAUAUGUAAAAAUACAUGAUUAUACAAUACAUACAAUAUUUACACAUAUUACAGCCUAAGUAGACCAACAGUUUUUUCUGCUUUUUGUGAAAAAUUUUUAAACACUAUGUAAAAAUGUCCCAAUAACUUAAAUCUUUUAUGGCACAAAUUUAUUAGGUUCUUUUUACAAUUUUUUUUCAAGAAUUUCAUAGUGUGCAAAAACUUUGUACAUUUCUAAACAAGGCACUCCAACAGGUCAGAUUUUGUACUUUUUUUAAAAAUCUGACCAAGAACUCUUAAGCAUAAAUAAAUUUCCAAACAUUUUCAGCCUAUCUUUCUAUAAGGGUCAACAUCAAAUUGGUGCCAUAUAUACUAUUGGUAUAAUAUACAGCCUGGUCGGGAUAAGGGAAUCAGUGUUUGUGGUAUUUACUCGACACGUUUAUGAGAGGUAACCCGCAGAGGAAUUCUGGGGUACAGUACAGUACAAUCCUACUAGAAUGAAAGCUUAAUCAUAAUUUAACCUUUUUUUAACAAGCAUACUUUCAGAUCAAGAGGGGAUGAGAUAUUUGGCUAAAAUUUGACGAAAUGAAUGGUGGCUUGAAUAGGAAUCUUUCCGUUUAGUUUUUUCCCAAAAAAGAUUAAGUUUUUCUAGUCAACAAAUUGUCCAACAAUAUUUGUUUUAACCUUAAAGGGUUUUUGGAAACCAGGACCCCUUGAAUAGUCAAAUUAGUUGAAAAGUUCACACAUUAAAUGGAAAAAUCUUAUCACUUCUUUUGACUAUUAAGUUUUGAAUUUAAUUGGAGCAGUAUUACCAAGUUAUCAAAUGCAAAGUUACCGCUCCCAUUAUUACAACCUUUUAUGGAUUUCUCUCGAAACCUGGUAGGUAGGUCUCAUCUUUGUCGAAAUACCUGUAGCCCCCACCCGAACAAUCUGUAUACCGAGAAUUUUAACUGAACAUGUUUAUUUCAUCUUUUGGUGAUAUUGGUUAAAUUCAACACAGUAUAUACAUUGUCAAUGUAGAUCUGGUUUUUGAUCUCUGGUAAUUAAAAACAGUGUAAAGCGCUACAGCAAACCAUGUACCUGCUUAAUUCACAAGUGUCUCCCUAUUUACAAAGUCCAAAAUAAUUCAGCAACCUGACAAC